AGGAGCCAUGCAUGUGAAAAAGACUAUGCUACCCUUGAAGUGAAUAUAGGCAGCUAGCUAGUGGGCAACACAUGGAACCACCACUAUAUCCCAACUCUCGAAGCUUUUCACACUUGCCUGCUUUUGAUACCCAACCUCUAGAAAGUGGCUGUCUUUCCCAUCUCUCAGCACUCCAUAGCUUUUUCUCGUUCCUCUUAAUCCAUGGACACAGCUCAGUGGGCACAGGGGAUCGGAGUGGUUAAACAGCCCCUGGUGGAAGGUUCAGUUCCAAAGCCUCCUGUGACCGAAAGAAAGGCUAGGCCUCAGAAAGAUCAAGCUUUGAACUGCCCGAGGUGCAAUUCAACCAACACUAAAUUCUGCUACUACAAUAACUACAGCCUCUCUCAGCCAAGAUACUUCUGCAAGACUUGUAGAAGGUACUGGACCGAGGGUGGGUCCCUCAGAAACGUUCCCGUGGGUGGAGGCUCCCGAAAGAACAAGAGACCUUUAACUUCUUCCUCCUCCUCUUCGUCUCCAUCAGCAAUAUCGUCAAAGAAGCUUCCUGAUCUGAACCCAAAGAUCCACCAAGGUCAGGAUCUUAACUUAGCAUGCCCCCCACCAGCACCCGAGGACUACAGCAAUAGCAUAUCGAAAUUUAUCGAGGUUCCUUUCAGUACUGAAGACAAGAGCACACCUUCUCAUCAUGAUCAGUUAUCCGCCAUGGAGCUUCUGAAAACUGGAAUUCCGUCGUCGAGGACUUUAUGUUCUUUGAUGCCCAUGUCGGCGACGGAUUCCUCCGGUUCAGCAAUGUAUAAUUCAAGCGGGUUUCCUAAUUUGCAAGAUUUUAAGCCUCCUUCCGGGCUUAGUUUCAGUCUGGAAGGGUAUGCAAAUGGGUUCGGGGGUAUUUCUGGAAUGCACGAGGGAAGUGGUGGCGAUGGUGGUGCGAGGUUGUUGUUUCCUACUGAGGAUUUGAAGCAAGUUCCGAGUAGUGCUGAUCAUUAUGAGCAGAAUAGAAGCCAGGCGGAUUCAACGGGGUUUUGGAAUGGCAUGUUAGGUGGAGGAUCGUGGUGAUAAAGUUAUUAUUAUAAAAGCAAAAAAGCAAUUGGGAGUUUGGUCUUCUAGCUGUUUCUUCUCCUUCUCCUUCUUUUCCGCUAAAAAUUUGGUGAGAGACUGUUUGAAUUGAUCAGAUUCAGAACCACUAACGAAUAGGGUAUAUGACUUCUGUUUAUGGUUCUUUAAUCCAUGAAUUUCUGGUGAA